AUGGCAGGGGCUAUCGGCCUUGGCAUCACGGCUGCUGCUAUUCCGUUUGUGACCCCAGCGCUGCGGAAGGUGUGCAUCCCAUACGUGCCGGCGACACCACAGCAACUAGCUAACGUAUCUUGUGCUCUGGCUCCGCUUAACCCAAGGGGACCUUUAAUAGACUUGGGAAGUGGCGAUGGACGCGUUUUCGGUGAGCAACUUGUCAGCCACCUUACCCCCGAGUGGAGGAAACAGUACAUCGAAUACGAGCGUCUGAAGGACAGUCUCUAUCAGUUCAUGAUGGAGAUGCCUAGUGAAGAAGACCGUAGAGAAUCCUAUUUGGCUCAAAUUGACGAAAAAUUCUUUAACGAGUGUGAAAAGGAGUUGACCAAAAUCAAUUUGUUUUUCUCUCAAAAGAUUGCCGAGGCUCAGGGAAAAAUCCACGAACUGCAGAGUGAAUUGCAUCAGUUCAAAGAAACCAUUGGAGAUUCAGAACUGAAAACGGGGCUUAGAAAUCGUUUUCGUGGUGAUAAAUUGCAAAAAGAGCGUGCAAAAACGGCCCAACAAUUAAAAUUGGCAUUUUCCGAAUUUUACUUGAGUCUCGUUCUUGUCCAGAAUUACCAACAGCUAAAUGCUACCGGAUUUCGAAAAAUCCUCAAGAAACAUGAUAAGCUCACGAUGAAUGAGAACGGAUUACAAUGGAGAAUUAAUAAAGUUGAGAAAAGCUCGUUUUUUCUCAACCGUGACAUUGAGACUUUAAUCAACACCGUCGAAACAUCAGUCAUCAACGAGUUAGAAGGUGGAGAUCGACAGGCCGGAAUGAAACGGCUGAAAGUUCCGCCACUCUCUGAGAAACAGUCGUCCUCAACGACGUUUACUCUUGGCUUAUUCAUGGGUGCAGUUAUUGUUCUAGUCGUUGCUAUAAUUCUAUCAUUCAUAGCUUCCCCUGCCCGACAAAAUGAACCAAAAUGGGUGGCUGUUCGACUAUUUCGAGGGCCUCUACUACUAUUUGCCCUCACAUUUCUUUGUGGAGUCAAUAUGUAUGGAUGGGCAAAGGCCGGUGUGAAUCACGUUUUAAUUUUCGAGGUCGACCCCCGCAAUCAUCUCACUUAUCAAGACCUAAUGCAAGUGGCAGCUUUCAUGAUGGUAUUGUGGAGUUGUGCUGCACUCGCAUAUCAGUAUGCUCACCUUCUUGGUAUUCCACCAUUCCUGCCGCCUUUUGCUCUUAUGGUGAUUUGCUGUAUUCUCAUGUUCAAUCCCUUCAAGAAACCCGAAUCCCUCUUCCACCGUAACAGUCGCUUUUGGUUGUUGAAACAUUGUUUCAAUUGCUUCACAGCCCCGUUCCAUUUUGUGACGUUCACCGAUUUCUGGCUGGGUGACCAGAUGAAUUCUCUAACAACUGCCUUCCAAGAUUUUCAAUAUUUCAUCUGCUUUUAUGCAACUGAAGUGGACUAUUCUUCUGCCUGGAUGAGCGUUAGAACAGUGAAUGCUACAUCCGGUGCCGCGAUACCAUGGGGCUAUGUUGAUGCAGUCACAGGCAAAGAUAUGUGCAUGUCAGCUUCGGGGAUUCGCUCUCUUGUAGCUAUUAUUCCAGCCACUGUACGUUUCAUGCAAUGCCUCAGAAGAUACCGAGACACAAAGCAUGUUCAUCCACAUUUGGUGAAUGCUGGAAAAUACGCAACAACCUUUCUUACGGUGGCUUGUGGUGCACUCAACAAGUGGGCUGAAAAGGCUAAUCCUAAUGAAACUAGUAUAUUUUUCUAUAUUUGGAUCGCUUCCUACAUCUUCUCAUUCACUUACACUUUCUUGUGGGAUGUUUUCAUGGAUUGGGGUUUAAUUGAUCCACGAUCUCCACGUGAUGCUCCAUUCUUGCGUGAAGAGAUGAUUUACGGUUCAAAGUGGUAUUAUUAUGCAGCCAUCGUCGAAGAUUUCGUUCUUCGACUUUCAUGGGUAUUGAAUGUUUCUCUUGGAGAAGCAUGGACUUUGGAAACGGAUUUGUUAAUGUGCAUUACGGCCCCUCUAGAAGUAUUUCGAAGAUUUAUAUGGAAUUAUCUGCGUCUAGAAAAUGAGCAUGUCAACAACUGUGGACAGUUCCGUGCUGUGAGAGAUAUCUCUGUCAAACCUAUAAGGAAAGGAGAUCUCGAAUCAUUGCUUGCCAAAAUGGAUCAGCCUGAUGGGGUUCUGCAAUGUGCUCAAGAAGGAAUCCAAUCUACCGGUGUGGAGUUGAAUUCGAUCCUUGUCGCCUAUUCACGCUGGAGAAGUUUUAGAACUGGGCUACGUCCGUUGACAAAAUUUUAUCGGAGAGACAUUUUCAAGACGGAUCUAACUCAGUACAACGUUGCUGUAAUUUUUGGCGCGGAAACCCUGAUGGAGUCACUUCUGCCGAAAUUGAAUGAAAUGAAUGCUGGCGGACGGGUUAUUGCAUGCCGAUUUCCCUUGCCUGAACACCCCAAUUGGAAAUUAACAACGCAAAUUGGUGAAGGCAUCGAUUCUGUUUGGGUUUAUCUUCGAGUU